UCCAAACCGCCUCUCCGGAUAGAACGUUGGUUACUACGAUUGCAACAAUACAAGUUUAAUAUCAAGUAUCGACCAGGUAGCAGCAACCCAGCUGACGUGUUGUCUCGACAAUCUUUAUUCGCCAACUACAAGUCAAGUACCAUAGCGGAGAAAAAUGUCAAUUUCAUCCAAAGUCACUCGGUUCCUAAAUCUCUCACGCUCGAUGAGAUUCGUAUCGCAACGUUAAAUGAUCCUGAACUGCAGAGAGUAACUAGCGCAGUAAAGGAAGAUCGAUGGAACAAAACAGAUAGUUGUUUAAGCCCAUAUCGUAAUCAGCACGAACAGUUGACAGUUUCGGAAUGUGGAAUUAUACUACGAAAUUCACAAAUCGUUAUCCCAAAGAGUCUCCGUAAUCGUGUCCUUUCUAUCGCUCAUGAAGGACAUCAAGGGAUAGUUAAAACUAAAAUGCUUGUACGCAGUAAAGUAUGGUGGCCUGGUAUUGACAAGCAAGUGGAGCAAAUGGUUAAAGAAUGUAUACCCUGCCAAGCAGCAGUACACCAGUCACCAAAAUGUCAACCACCCUUGAAUAUGACAAAGUUACCUCCACAUCCUUGGCACACACUUAAUGCAGAUUUCUGUGGUCCAUUCCCAAAUGGCGAGAAAUUGUUGGUCGUGAUUGACGCCUAUUCCAGAUAUCCAGAAGUUGAAGUGAUGCAAAGCACGACAACCACGGUUGUGAUUUCCAAACUCCAAAGAAUCUUUGCCGGACAUGGAUAUCCCGAAGAAUUGAUAACCGAUAACGGACCCCCGUUCAAUGCGGUUGAGUUCACCGAAUAUCUAGCUGCACAUGGAGUCCAUCACCGCCGAAUCACACCUUAUUGGCCUCAAGCCAACGGUGAGGCAGAGCGAUUCAUGAAAACAGUAACAAAAGCAAUCCGUACUGCUCAUUCGGAAGGAAAAAGAUGGCAAAGUGAAUUAGAUCUUUUUCUUCUCAACUACAGAUCCACACCUCAUUCUACGACACGCAUUAGUCCAGCUGAACUUUUGUUCAAUCGCUCAAUUAGAAAUAAGCUUCCUAGUUUCUCAUCCCUACAACACAAUGAUGGCCCUAUGGAACACCACGUUGUUCGAGAUAAGGAGGAAAAGGAGAAAAUGAAAGUCCAUGCUGAUAGAAGAAACAACGCGAAAGAAAGUCAGUUGAAAGUUGGUGAUUACGUGCUAAUGCAAGUCCCGAAGGACAAUAAGUUAUCAAUGCCUUUCAAUCCAAAACCAUUUAAAGUAAUUGAAAUCAAAGGCAACAUGGUAACAGCUCGUAAUACAGAGCGCACCGUAACCCGGAAUGUAUCGUGUUUCAAAUGUCUCACAAAUUACAAGAACGCAAGUGAGGAAGACCAGAAUGAUGAAGAAGACGAUUUUGACGACGACAUAGUAGAAAACCAGCAACCAACAAUAGUUGAAGAGCAACAACAAGAUCUACCAGAUCUACAACGAAGGUAUUGUCUUAGACAAAAUCGAAGACCACCGGACUUUUAUAAAAGUUAG